AUGCUUUUGUCACCAACAUGCUUUCUCAUCCUUCUGCUCUUCUUGAACUUUGUUGACGCUGGCCAGAUUCUGAGGAAGAUCAAGGAGCGUGUGCGUAACCUCCAGAUGCAGAAAGCCAAGCAGCAUCUCCUGAUGAAGACAGCCAGUGGUCACCAGCCUCUCCAGCAUGUGAAGGAGGGCAAGAUUCACCAGCAGCUCAACCACUUCAGCCGACAGGACAUUAGCACCUUUCCUCAGAGGUUCUUUGUGAACGAGGCGUACUGGCAGCGUUCUGAUGGUCCAGUGUUUCUUUUCAUUGGUGGAGAAGGGCCCAUCGUUGAGUUUGAUGUUCUGGCAGGUCACCAUGUUGACAUGGCUGAAGAACAUGGGGCUCUGCUGUUGGCUCUGGAGCACCGUUUCUAUGGUGACAGCAUCAACCCUGAUGGCCUCAAAACGAAGAACCUGGCAGACCUGAGCAGCCAGCAGGCGCUAGCAGACUUGGCAGUGUUCCACGAGUACAUCAGUCAAAGCUUCAAUCUGAGCAGCAAGAACACUUGGAUCUGCUUUGGAGGCUCCUACUCUGGAGCUCUGUCCGCCUGGUUCAGAGGGAAGUUUCCCCAUCUGGUGUACGGAGCUGUGGCCUCCUCCGCUCCUGUCAAGGCGAAGUUGGACUUCUCGGCCUACAGCAAUAUAGUUGGCUUGGGUCUGAUGAAUGAAGCAGUUGGUGGCUCAGGAAAGUGUCUGGCUGUUGUGCGGAAAGCCUUUGCUGCUUUAGAGGCAGCCCUGAUGGGUGGUAAUGCCAGCCAGGUGGCCCUGGACUUUGGCUGCUGUCAGUUUGCUGAAAAUCCUGAUGAUCAGAUCGAACUGAUACAAAACUUGGCCGAUAUCUUCAUGGGAACAGUGCAGUACAAUGAGGAAGGAGUGCUCAUGUCUAUUCAAGAGGUCUGUGAUGUUAUAACCAAUACAAGCACAGCCUAUGAGGAAGAGAUGGAAGCUUACAACCGCCUUGUUAAACUGUCGCAGAUCUACCGUUCCAUCAAUAAGGAACCGUGUUUGGAUGUGUCCUAUGAGAAAUCAGUCAAGCAUCUGAUGAACACGUCGCUUCAGUCAGGCCAUAGAACAGAGAGACAGUGGAUGUACCAGGCCUGCACCGAGUUUGGCUUCUGUAACACACACACACACACACACACACACACACACACAUCCACACACACACACACACGGUUAACUAUAAUUAAUAUAAUUAUAUAAUUAUAAUAAUUAUUAUCAUAUCCUGAACUUCCAUGUGUGUGUAUGUGUGUAGACCAGACUUGUGAGGACGCCACCUGUCCAUUCUCUGGGAUGGUGACCCUGCAGUCAGAAACUAGGCUCUGUCCCAUGCUGUUUGGCAUUUCCCAGCAUUCCCUGCCUGGACGCAUCGCCUUCACAAACACCUACUAUGGAGGAGACAAUCCACACACACGCAGGGUGCUCUAUGUCAAUGGUGGAAUAGACCCCUGGCAGGAGCUGUCAGUCAUCCAGGACAGGACGGAGGAAGGAGAGGAGGACCAGACUGUCUUCAUUAGGGACACUGCUCACUGUGCUGAUAUGUCCAGUAGAAGAAUCACAGACCGCUACUCACUCAAGAAGGCCAAACAGGAGAUUGAGAGACAUGUGGCCAGGUGGCUGAAGACGGCUGCUGAGGAGAAGAUGGAGAAAAGAACAGUGUGAUCUGAUUAUAACCUGAUGAACUCUUAUCACUCUUCACUAAAACUGAUAAGACAUAGUUAAUAAGAAGCCCUUCCUGGCUGAUCUUAUUUUACAUAAACCUCUUCUUCCUCCAUUUCCUCCCUAAGCUCCUCCUGUUUACCAUCCCUCACUGUCCACGCUCGACCAUCUCAUACCACGGCACACUCAACAUUUAUGUGUUUUGUGUCAUUAUUAGAAUUUCUUGGUUGAUUUGAUUGAUGUUUUUGUGUUUACUGAUAUUCUGGGAAAGCUGAAAGAGUUUCUUAUGUGUUGCUGUUUCUUUGUUAUCUGCUGCAUAUUUCUUGACUUCUUUAGAUUGGAAGUUUAUGAGGAUUUUUAAGGUUUUGAGUUUAACUAGCAGAUUUAUUGUUUUUCACAAUAUAAUUUGAUGGCUUCUUUAGUGUGCAACCAGUAAAAUAUAAUCUUAUGGUUUUUAAUCAGUCGUCAUGAUCUCUUUGUACCACUAGGGUGUGAUAUUGCUACAUAUAUGUCAAACAGGUACUGUGCUUCAUAUCAAAGCUCAGGAUAUGGUAAC